AUGAACACUAUUUCGGACAUAUACAGAGAAAUUCUCUCGAAGGAUAACCCCCUGCAGGCAUUUUCUUUUCUAGCGAUAGAAAGCAUAUUUCUCAUAUAUACGGCAGCUUUUGCUGUGAGGACGCACUUUUUUGGGAGUUUAGAUAGGGUUUCAGUCAAGAUGAAAUAUCCAACGGUUGGGUGCAAGACAGUUAUCUCACUUAUUGGGCUUUUUUGUGGGCCCAUGGUCGUACCCUCCGAGGACUGGAUCUUUCUCGAGUCAGCGUGGAACAACUCUUCUAUCGUGUGCCUGGCCCUCCUCGUGGGAGCGUGCAUAGUCUUCAAGCCCAAGAAGGAGCGAGCGUGCGUGGAAAGUGUCAGGCACGCAAUUUUCUUCCAGAGCCUGGGAACAAUGGCUUCUCCCCUUAUGCGGGUGAACUUCCUCCUUGGCGCGUACGGUUCAAUUGUGCUUCUUCUCGUGUAUACUGUCCACACGGUAAUUCUCAUCCAGAGGGCAGACAGCACCCAGGCAAGCACCGAGUGCAUAGAGAGCAGAAAAAACUCCCUUUUCAAAAGGGUGCUUGACUUGGUGGUGUGCUCCGCCAAGGAAGAGUGCAGCCCAAAUUUGGGAAUGUUCGUCUCUCCCGUUGUGAUGGGGUCUGUGAUUUGCUGCACGUUUUUAAGCCUCUGCAUAAAGUCUCUUUUUCUGAGCGUAUCCGCACUCUUUGCACUUUGUGCUUUCGUGAGACAUACGAAGAAAACCAGUAUUUUCAGGUGCGCAUAUACGCUCGCAUGCAUCUGCGUCCUUCUCAGGUGCGCAUCUGAGCACCUGUACUUGGCCUUCUCAUGCGCAUUUCCCGAGAUAAAAGUGCACCCUUUCGUGCGCCUCUCUCUGGCCACUGCAAGGCUUAUGCUUCCCACUUCCGUGGUGAUCGCUGUUGGUAUUUGGAUGGGGAAGUACAUGCAGUGCCUUUCGAUUGGGCUCUCCCUGCCCAUACACUACAUGUUCUUUCAGAGGUCGAUAUUCAACCUCGCGAUGAAAAACCAGAAUUCGAUCCCCCUAGUGAACAGAACAUCUCCGUGCACGCUGAUUUUCACUGUUAUUUCGACUAUGCUGAUCUUCCUGAACAACGAAGUGCGCACCGGCCUCUUUGAAGUGGAAGUUGGGGCUCUCCUGAUCCUGCUGUACUUUAUCUACUUUACUUGCCUGGUGUUCUGCCCCAUCCCCAGAGCUGCCCCCUCAUGA